GUCUGACUCGGACGAGAGCCUCGACAGCAGCAGACCUACUAGGACAGUCUCUGUUCUUGCGAAUGUUUUAGUGUCGGCAGUCGGCGUGUACAUUUGACCUUUUUCGCCAGUGUCAGCGCCGAAUUCUUCGACACAGCGACACCAGCCGAAUCCGAGUACUAGAUACUUUUCCCGAGUGCCGGAAAGCGUUUCCUCAACUCCGUCAGGAGGAUGGAGGGCGUAUUCCUGUGCGGAGCCGUUGUAACCUUCAAGUGCCUCUCGCUGGUGUGCGACAUCCUUACCUACCCGCUGUACCUCGUCCUGCAGCAACCGUGGCGCCAAAAGCAGCUGUCCAACCGCAUCAAGGCAAAGCCGGUGCAGAAAAGCGAUGACAGCUUGACGUACAGGUCGGUGUCAGAGCCGAAAGAGUUGCACGUUGAAUUGGUUCGCAACAACGUGGACACGAUGGAGAAACUUCUCAGCUACACGGCGCAGCGAUACACGCACAAGAAAUGCCUCGGCACGCGAGACAUUCUCGCUGAAGAGGACGAGCUCCAGGCCAACGGCAGGCUUUUCAAAAAGUACAUUCUUGGCGAGUACAGAUGGCGAACGGCGACACAGGUGGAGCAGGAGGCGGCCAAUUUCGGCCGAGGUCUCCGCGCCCUUGGACACGAACCCAAGCAGAACAUUGUUAUUUUUGCCGAGACGCGCGCCGAGUGGAUGAUCGCCGCCCACGGCUGCUUCAAACAAAAUAUUCCAGUGGUGACCCUUUAUGCCACCCUUGGAGACGACGCCAUAGCACACGGAAUCAACGAAACAGAGGCGUCCCUUGUUGUCACAACGCAGGAUCUGCUGCCCAAGUUUGCAAGCAUCAUCCGAUCAUGCCCACGCAUCAAACGCAUCAUCUACAUCCAGGAUCAGUUGGGCGUGAAAACGCCUGCCACUUCUCCCUCUUCGCAAGUUGAGGUGCUUCCCUUCAACAAGGUUAUUCAGUUCGGAGAGGAUUUGGGCGCCAACGGUCCGUCCUGCCCGCCAAGCCCAGAGGACAUUGCCAUCAUUAUGUAUACCUCUGGCUCCACGGGCGUACCAAAGGGUGUCUUAUUGACGCACAGAAACAUGUUGACGACUGUGAAGGCCUUUUCGGACGCCAUCUGCAUCUACCACGAUGACGUUUUUAUGGGAUAUCUUCCUCUGGCUCAUGUUUUUGAGCUCCUGGCCGAAUCCGUUUGUUUGCUGAUGGGCGUUCCAAUCGGCUACAGCACACCCCUGACCAUGGUUGACUCUUCAAGCAAAAUCAAGAAGGGCACUAAAGGCGACGUCUCAGUGCUGCACCCGACCUGCCUGACUGCCGUCCCUCUGAUCCUGGACCGAAUCUACAAAGGCAUCAACGAAAAGGUUUCGAAGGGCUCGUGGCUGAAGAGGGCGCUCUUUGAAUUUGCCUACCAGUACAAGUUGAAGUGGUGCAAGCGCGGUUUUGAGACACCAUUGCUGAACAAAAUCGUCUUUGGCGCUGCCAGGCAGCUGAUGGGCGGCCGCGUCAGGAUGAUCAUGUCUGGCGGAGCGCCCUUGUCACCGGACACCCACGAACUCAUCAAGACCUGCCUCUGUGUCCAGGUCAUCCAAGGUUACGGUCUCACCGAAACGUGCUCUGCAGCUACCGUGAUGGACAUGAAUGACUCUGCCCUCGGCAGGGUAGGCGCUCCAGCCACUUACGUUGACAUCAGGUUGAUCAACUGGGAAGAAGGAAAUUACCGCGUCACAGACCGGCCUCAUCCUCGUGGAGAAAUCUGCGUCGGUGGCACCAAUGUGUCACCUGGUUAUUACAAGAACCCUGACAAGACCAAGGAGGACUUCUUCGAUGAAGCUGGACGCCGCUGGUUCAAAACCGGAGACAUUGGAGAAAUUCAUCCCGAUGGCUCCAUCAAAAUCAUAGAUCGUAAGAAGGAUCUGGUCAAACUUCAAGCUGGCGAGUAUGUUUCCCUGGGCAAGGUUGAGGCUGAGCUGAAAACGUGUCCCUUGGUCGAAAACGUCUGUGUGUACGGCGACCCCAGCAAACACUUCACAGUGGCACUUGUGGUGCCCAACCCAGGUCAUCUGGCAGCUUUGGCGGGCCGUUUCGGCAAGAGUGGACUCGACUUUGAGCAGCUUUGCCAGGAUCCUCAGGUCGAACAGGCUGUUCUCAAGGAACUUGAGGAACACGGAAAGAAAAGUAAAUUGGCUCGAUUCGAAAUCCCAGCUGCUGUCAAGUUGUGCACCGAAGUCUGGUCACCAGACAUGGGUCUUGUAACGGCCGCCUUCAAGCUCAAACGCAAGGACAUCCAAGAACGCUACCAACAUGAGAUCAACCGAAUGUACGCCUCGUGACUGAAAUAAUGAGAGCAAAGAAUACUCUUUCGUACGCCUUAGUAACUUAUUUUUUCUUAAGAGGACUGCUAUUGUUUAUUAUUGUGUAAUUAUAUAUUAUUUACGAUAUUAGUUUAAUUUUGGCACCUCCCGGCGAGGUGAAUUCUAUUGUAAAUAUCAAUCACAAUUCUCUUUGUUGCAAUAGCCUGAUAUUAGAAUGAUUAUUUAUGUUGUAAAUAGACGUAGAUAAUUUUUUUUUAUCACAAAUCUUCAUUUUAAUAUCUCUGGGUGGGUGGGUGUGUUGUCCAUGCAUGUGCAGGGAAGCUAGUGGGAUUGCAUUUGGGCAAAUGUGUUGUUAUUUUUUGUUGAAUCUUGUAUAUCAUCGCAUAAUAAUGUGUUGAAUUUUUCUCAAAAAGAAGUCUCAAUUAAUGUGAAGAAAAAAUAAUAUGAUCUGUAUACUGCGAUCUGCGAUUCGUCGAAUCAACGAAUCAUCAUCAUUCGAAACGAAGUUCCAGGAUUAAUAAAAUUGAUUAAAAAUAAAAAUGCUGGCAAUUUGAAUGAAA